CCGCCAAUUCCCGUUCCCUAGCGCUGCGCCGACUGCCCGGGCGCCCGGCAGCGCAUCCGAACGAACGAAUUUACGCAACCAUAUCUAUUGUAUUUCCCCACACUACUCUGUUUUCGAACGCUAAGCAAAUUUUCGAAUAUCGAACUCUGUGAAGUGAGCGCGCUUUAGUUUUGGAUUGUUUUCUUCUUUUGUUUUUGCGAUCCGAGGACGACUCGUGUUGAUGUAUUGAAGACCGCAGAUUGAGCACUUACCGACUGAAAAUGGCGCAAAAUGGGUACAUCCCCGGCGGACAUCUCGGCAGAAUCCCGAACUACGGCAAGGCGCAGCCUAUGAACAACAACCCGGAGCCUCCGGCAUGCAUCCAAAAUGCCAUGAUGACGAAGGACAAGAAGCCAUUCACCUACACCCCGGGCGGCCUCGACCUGUCCCAGAUCAAGACACCGAGCAUGGCGCGCCGGCUCGCCAGGCAACGGUCCCAGGAAGAACACGAACAAGCCUACGCCCAGCAACAAGCUAAUGGAAACAGAAACUACCCACCAGCCAACUACCAACCACAAGGCAGCUCCAUACCCCCCCCUCCACCCCCGCCCAUGAAUAUUCCCGCCCCUCCUCCCCCACCACCGCUGGUCAUCUCAGCGCCGCCAUCCAAAUCACCAAAACCAAAUACUUUGGCUCCCGGAGAGCGCCCCGAAAUCGUUAUCCCAGAAAAUCCAAUUGGCAUGCUGAGAAAAACCAACAGCCCCUAUCAUUGGGAGGCUGAGAAGGCUGAUCAACAACGCAUGGGGCCAGUGCCAAAGUUCACUGAGAAGGUGCCGAGCCCGUUGACAGUGAAAAUGCCGCCAUCAUCGUUCCCGCAACAGCCACCCCGGAACUAUUCGCCUCAGUACAAUAACGUCCAGCGUCAGAAUAAUGUAUACUUGAACCAGAGUCCCGACAGUCCUCUUCACAAGCCAGAGCCGCAGUAUCCGGGACAGAACUAUUCACCAGUAGGGGUGACACCGACCAGGGACAUUCUCCAGAGGCAGGACUCCCAAUUCAACAAGAGUCCGUUACCUUAUGCUGGCCAGUCUCCUAUCAGCAAUGGUUCUUCAUUUUCGCCAUCUCCAAACAGUAGUUGGAGGCAACCUGAAAAACGUGACUCUCCUGCUACCCCACAGUCUCCAUACAAUCGCGAACAGUUUUCACCGAAUACCCAGCAGUAUUCACUGAAUACCCAGCAGUAUUCACCGAAUACCCAACAGUAUUCACCAAAUCAAAGCAAAGCGUCGCCAUCACCGGCCAGCUCAGGACCAGUUUAUAAUACUUUACCACGAGCUGGAUCAAGACCUAGGGACAACUAUAACAAUAACACUCAAACUAAUAACAAUGUUAUUUAUAACAAUGUUAACCAGCAAAGACCGCCUAGUCCAAAAUCAGAAAAUGCAGCUCCUUGGCGAACAAACACUCUCAACCGCCAAUCUAGGGAGCCGGAAAACCCACCUUCGAUUUACCACAACAGCCAACCUAUGAACCAACAGGCAACGUACACGCCACCAUGGAAGACAACACCAGAAGUGAACAAUAAUCAAGCACCACAAACGCCUCCCUGGGCUCAAGAAAUCAGGAAUGCUAGGAACCCAUCUGUGAAUCAGACAAGGAACGAACCUGAGCAAUAUAUUCCUAAAGAACUCCAAGAUUCAAACAACAAUAAUCAAGCACCACAAACGCCUCCCUGGGCUCAAGAAAUAAGGAAUGCUAGGAACCCAUCUAUGAAUCAGACAAGGAAUGAACCUGAACAAUAUAUUCCUAAAGAACACCAAGACACAAACAACAGUACAGUCCAAGAUAAUUACAGUCCACCGUGGCGUACUGUACAAGAAAAUAAGAAGCCAAUGACACCACCAUCAAAUCAAUAUCAAUCACAGGAGCAGCCACGAUACCAAUCUAGCAUUUCAAUUCCAGUUACUGGAAGGAAAAAUAAACCUGAGCCGGAAUACAACAACACGCCCCCGCAAAAAGAAGUUGUCUAUGUAAACCAAGAACCAGUAUACUUUUGCCCCGACAGCCCUAAAGCGAUGCCCGGAUUUGUUAAAACACAGAAGGAAAGAACAAAAACGCCUCCACCAAUUUGGUGCCAGAGGCCGUUAGAUGGCGUCAGAAAGAGCUUGAGCCGGGAACUUACGACUCCCCCAAGGGAAGCAAACCAAGAACCAGAAUGGGUUAGGCUUAGCAAUGAAAAGCAGCGAAACAUCCGUGAAGUUGUCAGUCCACCGAAAUAUCAGCAACCGCAACCUACUUGGUCCACCCUGCCCUCAGAAAAUAGGAAGAGUAUACCGAAAGAGAAUCCUCCGAGUGGGCAAACUGGGGCACGAGUUAUUCCCAUACAGAUGGAGGUGACGAAUACAGAGGUCAAGGAUCACGGGCGUCAAGGCCAACCUCAGCCUCACUUGAGGAUCACUAUCGGAAUGCAGCCAAAUGCUAACUACCAGGGACAAGCGUCUCCUCAAGGCCCAUUCUCCCAGCCCACUCAGCGAAUCAUGAGAGUUUUGUCCCCACAGCUAGUAAGAAUGGACGAUGGAUCGUCGGCCCAGCACGACCUUCCAUCAUUGAAUCGAAACUUCCAGAACAAUCAAGUUAAAGAGAGGAUUAUUCCUAUACAUAUAGAGUCAGGGAACGACGGAGCUAACAGAAGCUCCGGCGGGCGCCGAUGAGGCGGACAUGUUUGCACUCAUCCAAAGGUAUUUCAUCACAAGUUUGCAUCAGACGGUCCCCCGCGGCAGUCCAGAGCCUUCAGGGUGCUGCAGGUCAUCACGGGAACCCAAGACGAUGACUCAUAGCACUUAUUGGUUCAUCAUUAGAGACUUAAAUGCCGGUAAAUUAACAUGUGAACGGUGGUAAAAGUUUACAAAAGGACCAGAUUAUAUUGAAUAAAUCUAGGAAGGUCUAAGGUAUUAAACAGCUGGUUGAAUGGUUACCAUGCUAUGUGAAUAAACGGACUGCUUGGUUUAAAUUUGUGAUGAUAGUGCUCAU